AUGUGCUGGACAGUUUCUGGCAAGUUUGGGACGAGUUCUUCAGACUUCUCAGGUUACAUAGCGAGUAUUUUAAAGAAUUAUACAGACCAUGCCUGUGACGGGGACUAUGUCUCGCUGAGAUGCCCGCACAGAACAACCAUCAGUAUCCAGGCAUCUUUUUACGGCCGUGUGGUGCCGAGCCAUCAGAUGUGUCCUUCCCGCUACCCACAAUCCCAUGCCACUCUGAUCAAGGAGGACGUGGCCUGUUCUGCUGGUACUUCCCUUCAGAAGAUACUAGAAGAGUGUCAGGACAAAAGGAGUUGCCAAUUUCUUGUCAAUAAUCGACUGUUUGGUGUUGAUCCGUGCCCAGGAACCAGCAAGUACCUCCUCGUGUGGUAUAAAUGCAGGCCAAACGAGUAUAAGAGCAAAGUGGCCUGCGAAGAUGAUAAACUGAGACUGAGCUGCAAACGAAGCAUGGUGAUCGCUAUUUACUCUGCAGUCUUUGGAAGAAACCAUGGAGGGAACCUGGAAUGUCCCUACCACAAUGCAGGGAUCCCUGCAAUAGAAUGCCAGUCUGACACAGCCCUUCAGCUCAUGACAAAGCGCUGCCAUGGCAAACGGACCUGUAGCGUGUAUGCCAGCACGUAUGAAUUCGGAGACCCAUGUUACCCAGGUGUCCGCAAGCACCUCAAUGUUAUCUACACAUGCGUGCCCAAGAAACUGCUGCAUGAAACUCAGCCAAAUCCCACAAUCUACCAAGGGGUUCCACAGCCUCGUUCCCCACAGUUGCCAAGAGAACCCGAUCCGGAUGUCAUAGGAGACGGAGCAUUUAUCUCUGAUGCCUCAUCAUCCAUCGCGGAUCACGUCCUUCCAGAAAAGAAGAAAGGGAGGUCGGCUGCCUUUUACCCGUUAGACACCCAGCCUUUGCUGCUUCCUGUGGAUGAGAGGACCGCGGUCAACAGGACGAUGGAGCCUGCGGGUACCGGCACGGAGAUGGAACUGCUCAGCAACAUCCUGGCAGCAUCUUCCUUCAUCACAGAAAACCCGGAGCGUGCAGCUCUGUAUUUUGUCUCAGGCGUGUGUCUCGGGCUUCUCCUGACCCUGCUGGCCUUGGUGCUCCGCAUUUCCUGUCAGACCGACUGCAAGCGUUCGCGACGCAAGAAGCCACCGCGGGAAAGCGACAGCGACAGCAGCGACAGCGACGAUGACUCGGACACCACGUCAGACCUGUCGGCCCGGCGGCACCGCCGGUUCGAAAGGACUUUGAACAUGAACGUGUUCACCUCCGCUGAGGAGCUGGAGAGGGCCCAGCGGCUGGAAGAAAGGGAGCGCAUCAUCCGGGAGAUAUGGAUGAACGGGCAACCAGACAUUCCGGGGACCAGAAGCCUGAAUCGCUACUAUUAACGGC